UAUAGAGAGAGAAAAUAUAAACACGUAUAUAUAGUAAUUAUAUAUAUAAGAACGAACAGGAGAGAGAAGUGACGAAGAGAGACCAGGGGGAGACAAUGUCGAUCGCCGCCUUCUUCACACCCUCAGCACGCUCUCUCACUUUCGCAAACGUCAAUCCCCACCGUUCAUCACACUCACCACCACCACUCACCACAAUAGGCCUCCGCACUACCACCUCCACCUCCAACACCACCUCAGUCGCCGCCGCCGCCGCCAUUUUCACUUGGCCGGCGAAUCAUAGCAGGAAGAGGCCGGUUUUGGCAUUCUCCGGCGGCGACGGCGUUGACGGCGGAAAUGGAGGAAAAUCCUCAGGCGGAGGCGGUGGUGGAGGAGGAGGCGGAGGGGACAGCGGCGAUAAGAACAAGGAGGAGGCGUUUUUGGUGUUGGCGGAGAUCGGGCGGUCGUUGGACAGUCUCCCGAAGGAUUUGGCGGCGGCGAUUGAGGUCGGUAGAAUUCCCGGAUCCAUUGUUAAGAGGUACUUUGAGCUCGAGAAGUCGGCUCUGUUACGAUGGUUGCUUCAGUUUGGAGGGUUUAAGGAGCGGUUGUUAGCAGAUGAUCUGUUCUUGAUGAAGGUCUUCAUCGAGUGCGGUGUUGGCGUCUUCACUAAGACUGCUGCGGAGUAUGAACGGCGCAGAGAGAAUUUUUUUAAGGAAAUCGAAAUUGUUUUUGCAGAUGUGGUGAUGGCCAUAAUUGCAGAUUUCAUGCUUGUCUAUCUUCCUGCUCCUACUGUUUCUCUCCGACCACCUAUUGCACUCAAUGCCGGGCGUCUUGCUAAGUUUUUCUAUAACUGCCCUGAAAAUGCAUUUCAGGUAGCUCUGGCUGGAUCAUCAUUUUCAUUUUUACAGAGAAUGGGUGCGAUUGUGCGUAAUGGGGCAAAGCUUUUCGCAGUUGGCACUACUUCUUCUCUGGUUGGCACGGUUGUUACAAAUGCCUUGAUAAAUGCACGGAAGGCUGUUGAUACCUCCUCCACAGAUGAACUGGAGAAUGUGCCUGUAUUAUCUACUAGUGUUGCCUAUGGUGUCUAUAUGGCAGUUUCUAGCAACCUUCGGUACCAAGUACUGGCUGGUGUAAUUGAACAACGAAUAUUAGAACCGAUGCUACACCAACACAAGAUAAUUCUAAGUGCAAUUUGCUUUGCCGUCCGGACAGGAAACACAUUCUUGGGUUCAUUACUGUGGGUGGAUUAUGCCCGUUUGAUAGGAAUUCAAAAGGCCCAUGAAGGAGAAUGAUGAGCCCGUUUUCUUGCUCCCUUAAGAUACCAGUGUUUUGGAAGGAGUUGCUGGUUUCCCCCAUUUGUUGAAAUCACAUAAAAGCAGGUCAAUGGAUAUCAAUUGAAUUUAUCUGAAGUUAUAGGUCUAAAGAAUAUUUGGGUAUUUUUUUUGGAUAUUUAUAGAUAUAUGGAAGGCUUCUAGCCUGAUUGACAUGUUGAACCUUCUUUUCAUAUGGAUGGCAUAUUGCCUGAUUGACAUGUUGAAGUAGUUUUUUUCAAUUUAAUUUCUUUGUUUGUCUUU